AAACCCCCCCCCCCGAAAGGUUGCCCAAACGGUAUGUUCGCAAAAUAAAAAAAAAAUUGUUAAGGGGAGAAAAAAGCUCACGUAAUAGGAUUCCCAAGUACUUUAUAAACCCAAAGCGAGGUGAGGAUAUUUCCCUGCCAGCAUUUGCAACAUCACAUAGGGAGGGCAUAUUCUGUACCCGCUUUGUGCCCGUUCGCCAUAAAACAUCCCCACUGCCAACGAUUAAGCCGAAUUGCCCACCAUGUUGAGGCGAAACAUAAGACUGCGAAAGGAGUAUUUGUACUUAAAAAAGGUGGAGGAGGAAAAAAAAAAAUACGCAGAGAAGAUAAAAAGCGUAAAGAAAAGUUACAGGGAAAAUAAGAAGAUACAGGGGGACUUAAAAAAUGAAGAAAACGAAUUGAGGAAGCAGAUGAACCUGUAUGACGAAAAAGCGAUCAACCGAAAAUUUGAUGAUGAAUAUUUCUUCUGUGGAGUUGAAAAUCCGCGGGUUUUAAUCACCACGUCGAGGAACCCCUCCUCCCAGCUGGAGUGUUUUGCAAAGGAAUUUAAGCUGCUCAUUCCAAACAGCGAAAAGAUAAAUAGGGGGAGUUAUUUCAUUAAAGAUAUUUUAAACUUUGCGAGAAAGAACAACAUCACGGAUGUGAUAAUUAUUCACGAGUAUAAGGGGAUCCCCCGGAAUUUAAUAAUUUGCCAUUUGCCUUUUGGCCCUACUCUCUUCUGCACCAUAAAGGAUUGCAAAAUGAGACAUGAGUUUACAGACCAGUUGGGCAGCGUGUCUUCGUGCAACCCUCAUUUGAUUUUUCACAAUUUUAACACCGAUUUGGGGAAGCGAAUUAUGAGCAUUUUUAAGUACCUCUUCCCGCCAGUUAAAAUGAGGAUGAAUAAGAGGAGGGUUGCUCUCUCGAGGAGAAAGGGACAAAGAGGAGCUUCGAACGAAGAGCAAACCGAUCUGCAAAACAACAGCGGGAAGGUACACACCAUCGAUGUAGGGGACGACCAGGAGGACGACGAAUUGCAAAUAACCUUCAAAAAUAAUGAGUACUUCGAUUUGCAAAAAUUUGAAAACAACAGAGUCAUCACUUUUUUUAACAAAAAUGACGUCAUCUACUUUCGGCACUACAACUGGGAGACCAGUGAGAAGGGCGAAAUCGUUCUGAAUGAAGUUGGCCCCCGAUUCAGUUUUAUGGUAUACAAAAUAAACAAGGAGACGGUCGAUUCCCUCAACGAGGACUACGAGUAUGUGUACCGCCCCUUUUUAAAUUCGCGGAAGGCCCAGCUUGCCUAG